UUCGCAAUUAACCACUCGCAAAGUGUUCAUCAGUUCUUUUAUAUUUGUUAGAUUCUUGAAUUUGGGUUUGUCAGCAUCCUUGUUCCUUUUCUUCUUCUUUUUUCUUUUACUCUCCGCGCCGACUACGACAAAUCAUGGCUUCAGAGAAAUCGAUGCGAGAGUACGGCGCUGCUCAAAGCAGUGUGUACCUCAUUACUUCAGAUGGCCGAACCUUGGAGUUGCCUAUCCCUUCGCGAUCACCUAAUGACCCACUCAGGUGGAGCCUGUUAAAGCGGAUCACUGUUAUGGGCGUAAUCUCUCUCUUUACAAUCGUUGGCUUGAUCCUAGUACAGGGAACAAGUCUUCUGUUAUUAGCACUGGAAAAUGAAUAUUCUCCGGAGAGUAUCAAACCGCUGCGACUCGAUGUCCUCUCUUCCAUUCCUUGUCUUUGCUGGGGAAUUGGAGCAUUGACGUGGGUACCGCUCUCGAUGACAAUCGGCCGCAGACCAGUUCUCCUGCUAGCCACACUCAUUUUGGCUGGGGGUACAUUCUUAGCAGCAGUGUCACGGAGUUUCUACUUGCAUCUCAUCGCUCGAUGUCUUCAAGGGCUAGCAGGAGCCGUGUCGCCGAGCACAAUGAUAUUGACGGUAAUUGAUUUGACAUUCAUCCAUCAACGCCCUCAAUGGAUUGGGCUUUUCUGGUGUAUGACCACUGUGUUCUCUGAUCUCGGCCUUACCCUCACUCCAAGCAUAAUUUCUGCCGGUGGCUCCUGGAGAGCCUUUUACUGGACAUGGCUGGGUCCAUGCAUACUGCUAAUCCCUCUGGCGUUAUUCUGCGCUCCCGAAACCUCCUUUAAGCGACCACCAAUGGCGUUUGACGGGCAUAUCAUAUCCCAAACCGACACCGGGAAAAUCACAAUCUAUCCCACUUGGGAAGAAGUGCCCGGCGGUAAGCCUAUGCCAGACGAGCCAGCACCGACUUGGAAAACUUCCGCUUUCCUUAAGAACAUCACCUUCGGCACGCAGUCCGAAACAGGCGGCUGGCUCGCUAUGAGGGCUUUCCCAAGGCAACUCAUGUUUUGCGCCUCCAACCCACUCGUCCUCUGGGUCAUGCUUCUCAACACUUUCGUGUUUGGAGGUAUGGUUAUUACAUGCCAGACCUACGUCCUGGUUCUCACGUCUCCCCCGUACAAUUUCACCUUCAAUCAAAUCGGCCUUGCGAAACUCAGUCCCGGCAUCGGUGCCUUGCUCGCUUACCCUGCCUCGGGGAUACUGACUACAUACCUAAUCCGCGUCCUCGCUUCGCGAAAUCGCGGAGUCAGAGAGCCAGAGCACUACCUCCCGUCAUUCUUCCUCCCCAUAAUCCUCAGUUCCGUCAGCCUUGCCCUCUUCGGCAUUGCCACCGAGCGACGCUGGGACUGGCGCUGGAUCCUCCUCUUCGUCGGCCUAGACUAUCUCAGCGCCAUCGCAACAUUCUCUACCAACGUCGUCUGGGUCACCGAAUCAUUCCCCAAUUUUGCAGGCGCUGCUAUCGUCGUCGUUGGUGCUGGGAGCUAUGGGACAAGUUUUGUGCUGAGCUCGGUUAUUGCUCCUUGGAUUCAGGAUCAGGGACUGGAGAUGACUUAUAUCGAGUUGGGGGUUGUGACACUUGUGCUGGGCUUCUUCGGGUUUCCGAUUAACUUUUGGGGGAAGAGAUAUAGGGAGUAUAUUUAUGCGAGGUGGAGUAGUACGUAAUUUCAAAGGGUUUGUUGUGGUGCUGCAAGGGGUCCUUGUUGCGAGGCAAUGACGUGCACCUUUCUGUCUUUACACAUCUAUAUUUGAUAUUUGCAAUUAUACCGUAUAGUACAUACCCCCAAUUUUUCUAUUUUGCACACAAAAAUUUCAGUUAUAAGAAUACGAGUCAUGUAGUAUAUUCAAAACUUGCC